CUCCAAUCCUUCUCGGGGUUUAUAUAAAACACAUAAUAACAUACUCAUAAUUACAAUAAUUAGGGUUUUUUUUAUUACUUUCAAAUCAAACACUUUUAAAUUGCGCCCAAUUCUCUCUGCGAUUUUAAUUAUUCCAGUUGUGUAGUGUGUUGAUGUUUGAUUUGUGUGAGGGAAGAGGCUAUGCUGUUUGUUUAGAUGCCUGAUCAUGACAAUCCUAUUCGCAAUUUGUCAAUUGUACUCGGAGGUGUUUGUCUUUGUUGACUGGAUUGUUUUCGAGUGUCGUUUCGUCGAGUAAUAAAGUAGAGGGAGGUUGUAAUUCGAGUGCUGAGAAGGAAGAGGAAGAGUUUGGUAUGGCGAAUGAACCUAUAGAUAUUAGUUCAUCGUCAGAGAGUUGGGAUUUGGAAGCGGAUGAAUCGAUCGUUGAUGAUUCUGUUACUUCUGCUGGUCUUAGGCGGCUACCUUCGUGGGCUGAUUUUGCUGGCACAAGCUCCGCAGUUAAUGGGGGUACAUCUUACAAGAGUAAUUCUCGCGUGUCUACUUCUAAUGGAAAUGUAUGGAAUCCUGGUCACCAAAAUCACGUUGGAACAGAUCAUGGCAGGCUGUCUUCAAAAGCUCAUUCUCGAACAACUAUUCCCAAUGGAAGCUCAUCACAUGGCUUUGGACAACACUUAUAUGGGCAGGUCCUUAAGAGAAGCCUUGCCCCUUCCUUGAAGCCACAUGUCCAUGGAUCAACCUACUCAAUAGGAAAUUUAGGCAGCAGCCAGAUUCGUGAAAGUUAUGCCAGAAGUUAUCCUGCACAGGGUGUGCCAAACCAAUUGGAAAACCAAUUAGAAAAGGAUUGUGAUGAUGACUUGGUUAUGUAUGAUAAAAAUGGAAGUCUGCCAAUGCCCAAGCCUUUUAUGCCAAGGACAUAUCCUUCGACUGCUCAACAUUCCUCCUCUGCUGGUCCUGGUUUGCAUUCUGGGGCUGGAAAAGAACAAUAUGGCGAGUACGACGAGAGAUUAAUCUAUCAGGCAGCAUUGCAGGAUCUUAACCAGCCUAAAGCUGAAGCUACUUAUCCUGAUGGCCUGUUAUCAGUUUCCCUUCUUAAACACCAGAGAAUUGCAUUGUCAUGGAUGCUUCAGAAGGAAAAAAGCGUCUGUUGUUCGGGUGGAUUUCUUGCUGACGACCAGGGCCUUGGUAAGACCAUUUCAAUGAUCGCUCUUAUACAAAUUCAGAAAUUGCUGCAGUCAAAAUCAAAGUCAGAAGAUGUAAGCGAUAAGAGAGCUGAAGCGUUGAAUUUGGAUGAUGAUGAGGAGAAUGAUGCCAAUGCUUUUGAGAAAUGUAAGCAAGAUGAAGACUCUCAUGACCUUAUACUGAUUCCAGAAGCCAGUACUUCUAGUCGUAAUAUCCAACCAAAGAGGCCCCAAGCAGGCACAUUGGUUGUGUGUCCAGCUAGUGUGCUUCGACAGUGGGACAGGGAGCUGAAAGAAAAAGUUGAUGAUAAAGCUAAACUUCGUGUUUUAAUUUAUCAUGGAAGUAACAGGACAAAGGAUCCUGUUGAACUAGCAAAAUACGAUGUGGUUCUUACGACAUAUGCUAUUGUUGCUAAUGAGGUUCCACAAACUUCUGGCGAUGAUGAGGAUCAGAAUAAGAAAAACAUGGAGAACUCUGGUCUGAUUUCUGACUUCUCCUGUAAUAACAAACGUAAGCGGAAAACUCAUGCUGGUAAGAAAAGCAAAAAGGCCAAGAAAGGAAUUGAGAUCUCUUGUAUUGAUAGUGAUUGUGGUACUCUUGCAAAAGUACGUUGGCUUAGAGUGAUAUUAGAUGAAGCUCAAACAAUUAAAAACCAUAGAACCCAAGUAGCUAGAGCUUGUGCUGGGUUUAAAGCAAAAUCUAGAUGGUGCUUAUCAGGAACUCCUAUACAGAAUUCUAUUGAUGACUUGUUUAGUUAUUUCAGAUUUCUAAAAUAUGAUCCGUAUACAACCUACAAAUCAUUUUGUAGUAAAUUGAAGAAUCCUAUAUCAAGAGAUUCAGUUCAGGGUUACAAGAAGCUCUAUGCUGUAUUGAGUGCUGUAAUGCUUCGUCGAACAAAAGGUACAUUUAUUGAUGGAGAACCGAUAAUAAGAUUACCACGAAAAACAAUCAACUUAAUUCAGGCGGAGUUUUCUGAGGAGGAGAGAGAUUUCUAUAAGGAACUUGAAGCUAAUUCACUCUCACAAUUCAAGGCUUAUGCUGCUGCUGGAACUCUGAAUCAAAAUUACGCAAAUAUUCUAUUGAUGCUUCUGCGCCUUCGUCAGGCUUGUGAUCACCCACUGCUGGGUAUGGGUGUCAAAUCUGACUCCAUUGGAAGAGAUUCAGUGCAGAUGGUGAAAAAUCUCCCCAGGGAUAUGCUAAUUAAUUUAAUGAAGCACUUAGAUCCCUUCUCCGCCAUCUGCUGUGUGUGCAAUGAUCCACCUGAGGAUGCAGUUGUUACUAUGUGCGGACAUGUUUUCUGCUAUCAGUGUGUAUCAGAAUAUUUGAGGGGAGAUGAGAAUACAUGUCCUUCAUAUGAGUGCAAGGAACUACUUGGUCACGAUGUCGUAUUUUCUAAAGACACCUUAAGGAGUUGUUUACAUGGAAAUGACCAUCAUGAUUUUGGUCCCUCGUCCGAAAAACCUUUAGUUUUGCAGAAGGGAUAUAGAUCUUCAAAAGUUAAAGCUGCCAUGGAGAUUCUUCAAUCACACUGUAAAUCGAAUAAUGCAUGUUCACAACUACAUAAUAUAGUUGGACACAGUGACAUUUCAUCAUCUCGAGGCAAGGAAACAGCUGAAUCAGUUGGUUCUAUUGUAGAAUUUACAAACACAAAAGCAUGUUCAGAUGCACAUACUGAAGCACCAAAAAAGGCUAUUGUUUUCUCUCAGUGGACAGGCAUGUUGGACUUGGUAGAAAUUUCACUGAACCACUCUGAUCUAAGAUAUAGGAGACUUGACGGUACAAUGACACUAUCUGCAAGAGACAAGGCUGUCAAAGAAUUUAACAAUGAUCCUGAGGUGACGGUGAUGCUGAUGUCACUGAAAGCUGGCAACCUUGGUCUCAACAUGGUUGCUGCUACUCAUGUAGUCCUUCUAGAUCUUUGGUGGAAUCCAACUACUGAAGACCAGGCUAUUGAUCGAGCCCAUAGGAUUGGACAAACUCGACCUGUUACUGUUUCACGACUCACCAUUAAAAACACAAUAGAAGAACGAAUUCUAGCUCUUCAGGAUGAUAAGAGGAAAAUGGUUGCAUCCGCUUUUGGUGAAGAUCAAAGUGGUGGAUCAGGAAAUCGAUUGACUGUAGAAGAUCUUAGAUUUUUAUUCAUGGGAAAACAGUAAUCGAGUACAUCAGAUCAGAAAGUGAAAUUAGUGCAUUCUUCAUUAGCAAAGAAAAUAGUCAAAAGAAAGUUCUUAGCAGGUACUUGUAUAGGAAGUAUGCCUGCAAUUCAUCAUUUUGGCAUUACUGUGAUUGCUCGACUGUGGCAUGAUCAUAUAGGUUAUUUCCAAUGUUUUGAGGCCAACUAAUAGCACAAUUUUGUUUUGAUCGAGUAUCGAGAUACUGGAUCAAAAGCCUGUGAAUAUUAUGGUAUUAUAAGCAUUUCAACCUAUGAAUAAACGUUAGGAUUCAGGCUUUGGCAAAGGAAACCAAA